UUCGUCCAUCCAUCAAAUUAACAUCACAUGACUGUGGUGCAUAUAAUGUGCUGGAUAAUUAUCUUUUUUGACAAGGUUCCUCUGAAAAGAGAACAUGUGAAAAAACGCAUGAUGGAGAUAUUAUGAAAAUCUCAUCGAUCUCGACCAAACGCGCCGCUAUAUGUGACAUGUGACGCGACUGCGGUCUAUAGCGCGCGCCAUAAUGAAGCGCUGUAAUGACGCGUCCUCAUCAUAUGGCUCAUCAUAAUGUGUCAUAAGCGCCGUGAGGGGCUCCAUGUUUGAGCUCCAUUACUGCUGGAGUCAUGAGAGGCUCUGUGGACCUUCCUCCUGUCUCACUGUCUCAUCGCAAACUCUUGUGCACCCUCUGGUGCUUGCUAGACUCCAAAACUUCUUUGUGUUGCCUGCUUAGCAGAUUGUCUUCCUUGUCUCUGAGGCUGCUCAUUAUUCAGAGACAGCCGGAGCUCAGGUCAUCUGCAGCUGCCGUACUGAAGAAGAAGAAGAAGAAGGAGGAGGAGAAGAAGGAGAAGAAGAAGAAGAAGCAGGAGGGAAGAUGGCGAACAUUCUGCUGCUCUAGACCGGGAACAACUUCACAGAAGAUCCAGGAUCCAGCCGUGAGUAUUCGGUUUCUCGAUCUCGCCUCAACCCACAACGACGCGUUUGAGCUCGGGAUCCGUGGAGAGGCGCUUCGGGAACGACCUGGAAAAGCGCUUCCCACCAGCAGGGGAACGGAACCGAGCGAAUCCUCCAAAACGGGCACCUUGGUGCAUGUAGAGUGACGCGUUGCUGGAGCGUCCCCUGUUCGCACGCGUGUUUUUCGUCGCGAGGGCGUUUGAGGGACGCGUUCGGUUGCGAGUGAAAUGUGACGGGAGCGCUGGAAGCCAUUGCGCGGAUUUGGAGCUCCGCGUCCAUUAGUCAGAGAGAGACAGACGGACGCGACGCGUGCGGACGCGCGCGCACUACGCUCUCGUGACGUGACGGUGUUACAAUGUAACGCCGUUGUUGUUGUUUUUCCGCGCCGGGCUCCAGGUGUUUGUCACCGCAGGUGUAGAAUGACACCGAGGCUUCCUCCAGAAAAUGGAGUCUCGCUGGAGCCUCACUGGAGAACAAAGGUUGACUUUCUCCUGCUGCCACUGCUGGCCACUGCAUGGACCUGCUGGACGCGCCGCGAGCGAGACGUUCGGUUUCCCUGAUUUUCCAGGGAGUCCUAAGCGAUGGAAGUGCUGCAGUGCGAUGGAUGUGAUUUCCGUGCAGAGUCGAACGAUGAGCUCAAGGCGCACAUACAGGACGUCCACACAGCCUUCCUGCAGCCCACAGAAGUGGGAGAAGGUGAGGAGUCUCCCAGACGGUCCAGGUCAAACUCGUUAAACUCCCACAGCCAAACAGAGGACGAGGAAGACGUGACCAAUCACGAUUAUGACUCCUUGAAAAAGGAAGCAGGCAUCCACUCCUUUAACAAAGACCUUGGGCACUCCUCGGGUUCAAAGCAAGCUAAACACAACCAAUCAGCAAAACCUUCAAACAAAACUUCAACUUCAUUUUUUCAAUGCAAGUUCUGUGUGCGGUACUUCAGAUCCAGCUCUCUUCUCAGUGAACACACCAGGAAGGUCCACGGAGAAGCAAGCGAUGAGAGAUCCUUCAAAACUUCCAAGCAGGCCAGCUGCAGUGCUGCGACUUACGAUGGUGUAGGAACUGUCUUUUCCUGCCAGUAUUGCACUUAUAAAUCCCCACACAGAGCACGGAUUCUGAAACACCAGAAAGUGCAUCACAAAGAAGGUCAACCAGGCCACUCGGCUCCUCCUGUCGAAGCAGAAGUUCUGGAUUUGGACUCUGACGCCUCUUCCGUUGAAGGACAGUGUGAAGAGUCACCGGGGAAUGUAGAACGUCGCGUUCUGGAAUCUAUGAUCAAACCCCAGUCGAAAGGAAGCUUUAACUGUGAGUGGUGUGGCUUUCAGACUUUGCAAAGGCAGCAGUUAGCCGAUCACAUGAUGAAGAAACACCGUAACAUGGUGAAGAUUAUGGUUUCGUUGCAACAGCCCAAAAUGCAGGAUGGAAGUGCAGGAUCCAGCAAGUCUGAUUCAGCUUCAUCUAGGAGAAGCACUCCAACUUCCAAUUUAAACCUGAACGAUCUAGCGAGCAAUGAAGUUCCCUCCGCAAAUGCCUCGUCAAUCAAAGGAUCCUCUGGCAAUGCAUCACUCAAGUCCACUUCAGGGAUAUCAAGUUUUCAGUACUCACAGCUCACAGCAAAAAUACCUAACAGCACAGGAUCUUCUAUACUGUCAGAGAGAUCGACUUUCACCAUGUCAGAUAUGUCUAGGUCUGGCUUGGAUCUAGAUGCCAGCAUUCUAAAUGAUUCCAGAAGCAGUUCAGAUGAUGAACUCUGCGACUUGGAUGAUCCCCAUUACACGGAGCCAGCUGAGGAUUCUACUAAGCUGCUUCUGUCAGAAGAGGUUAAUGACCUGCUAGAAACGAAAGGAGUUCCGUUCAAAAGACACAUGAACAGGUUCCAGUGCCCUUUCUGCUCCUUCUUGACCAUGCACCGACGUAGUAUUUCUCGUCACAUAGAGAACAUACACUUAUCUGGGAAAGCUACAGUGUAUAAAUGUGACAAGUGCCCCUUUCUUUGCACCAACCCACUAAAGCUUGACGCGCACAAACAAUGUCAUGGUGGGUCUUCCGAAUGGGACACCAUGGACUUAACCAGUGAAAGUCUAGAUGGUCAAGGUGAACGCUCCGAGCCCGUGAAUGGAGGAAACGGCAGCUCAAAAAUCAACGGGAAAAAAUCCAAUGCAGUCGAGGAACAGCAGGGUCCUCAUCGGUGCUCACUGUGUAACUUCUCCACCAUCACACUGAAAGGUCUACGUGUCCACCAGCAACACAAACACUCAUACUGUGAUGGAACACAGGUCACGGGUCAAGAGGGUUUGUCUAAUGAGCAGCAAGAUUCUGAGUCCGAGUCCUACAGCUCCUCAAGCUUCGUCCAGAAAACUCAAACAUCAAUCCUUGGAUUUUCAACCAAGAAGCACCUUAUUGGGAAGACAGCAAGAAAGUCCAUCAAUGAUUUGCCCUUGGAUCUCUCUCCCGUCAAAAAACGGACAAGGAUUGAUGAAAUUGCAAAUAAUCUCCAGAGCAAGAUUAGUCAAAGCCAACAGCACGAGGAUGUGAUUAACCUUGAGGACAUGGAUGAUGACGUGGAGGAGAAUGGCAAUCACGUUGAUGUAGAAACAAGCAAAGAGAGAGAAACCCCUGAUGCUCAAAGUCAGCACUACACAUUCAACACUCAGAACCUUCAUGUUAGGAAUUCUGGAGGUCUUCAGACGGAGCGUGGCGUUGGGAAAAGAAAGCGCAGUCUGCAGUCCAAACUAGGCUCAAGAAACAUUCCCGUUCAAGUAACCAUUUCUGAUGAUGAAGAUAAUUAUAGUGCCUCUUUGGAAUCUAAAGAUGCCCAAGAUCAAAGCAGUCAAGAUGGCAGAGAGACAUAUCAGGACACUGUUGAAUACACCGGGGAACCCGGGAACCUGUUCUACUGCAAACAUUGUGAGUACCAAAACAAGUCAGCUCGCAGUGUCAGCACACACUACCAGAGGAUGCACCCUUACAUCAAGUUUAGCUUCAGAUACAUCCUGGACCCAGAGGAUCAGAGCGCAGUCUUCCGUUGUCUCGAGUGCUUCAUUGAAUAUAACAACUUUAAUGAUCUGCACCAGCACUAUAUGACACACCAUCCAGAAGCAAGUAAUGUCUUAAACUUUAACCAGCCAGAUCUGGUGUACAUGUGCCGUUUCUGUUCCUACACAAGUCCAAAUGUGCGGAGUCUGAUGCCCCAUUAUCAAAGAAUGCACCCUUCAGUGAAGAUCAACAAUGCCAUGAUUUUUUCCAGCUACAUGGUCGAUCAGCCUCAUAAGAGUGCUACUGAGUCUCAAACACUACGAGAGAUCUUGAAUUCUGGGCCGAAGAGUUUAGGCUCCACCUCGUCUGGGUCCAGAUCAUCAUCCAGUCCGGCUCUCAAAAGCAUCUGCAAAACGCCAGAAGCAAACACUGAGGCCGAAGCUUUUCGAGAAGGUGUGGGUGGUAAUGUGGUGGUGUAUGACUGUGACAUCUGUUCUUUCUCAAGUCCCAACAUGCACUCAGUACUGGUCCAUUAUCAGAAAAAACACCCAGAGCAAAAGGCCUCGUACUUCCGCAUUCAGAAAACAAUGCGGGUCAUAUCUGUUGACCGAGCACAGUUGUCGAGCAAUUCAACCUACAGCCUAACCAGCACCCCCAAGUCUUCGAACGCCAUCCUACCUGUGGCUCUGGAUGAAGAUGUUUAUUACUGCAAACACUGUGUCUACAACAACCGCUCUGUUGUGGGCGUUCUGGUCCACUACCAAAAGCGACAUCCAGAGAUUAAGGUAACAGCAAAGUACAUAAAGCAGGCACCCCCAACCCCAGGACUGCUGAAACUCAUGGAUGAGCUGCAGAUCGCACCCCCUAAACAGUUUCUGAAGCAAUUCAACAACAACGGGAUUGAAGGGUCAGGUAGUUCCAACACUAAAGGAUCAUCUGACAAAGGGGAACCUGAAAUGCUGUUCUUCUGCCAGCACUGCGACUAUGGGAACCGCACUGUGAAGGGGGUGUUGAUUCACUACCAGAAGAAGCACAAGGAUGUGAAAGCCAAUGCCGAUCUCGUCCGUAGACAUACAGCUGUGGUCCGGAGUCAGAGAGAAAGAGCGCAGAUGAUCCAUGCAGGAAGUUCCACAUCCACUGCAACUGUUGCUACUGAAGCAGAAAAAUCCAGGUCGUUGCGAUCUUUGAAGUGUAGACACUGUGUGUACACUUCUCCUUAUGUAUAUGCCUUGAAGAAGCAUUUGAAGAAGGAUCAUCCUACUGUGAAGGCCACGGCCAUGACGAUCUUACACUGGGCUUAUCAGGACGGUGUGCUGGAGGCUGGUUAUCACUGUGAGUGGUGCAUAUAUUCCCACGCUGAACCAAGCGGGCUGCUCAUGCAUUACCAAAGACGCCACCCUGAGCACAAUGUUGACUACACUUACAUGGCCAGCAAGCUUUGGGCUGGUCCUGAUACUUCCACAAGCAGACAGGGUGGGAACUCCGAAACGAAGCAUUACCAAUGCAGAGAUUGCGCCUUUGAGGCAUGCUCCAUCUGGGACAUUACUAACCAUUACCAAGUAGUGCACCCUUGGGCCAUCAAAGGUGACGAGUCUGUCCUCAUCGACAUUAUCAAGGGUAACCAAGCACCUGAUAAGCUGCUCCCACAACUGGCCAAAGGACACGUUGCGACAUCCAGUCCGUUCAAUAGUCACCAGCAGGAAGAGACUGCAGUUGAAGUCGGUCGCCCAACACAUGAGCGGCAAUCUAAUCUCUCUCUGUCUGCCACCUCAUCUAUCUCAAACAACCCUUACCAGUGCACCGUGUGCUUGUCUGAGUACAACAGUCUUCAUGGGCUUCUGACCCACUAUGGCAAAAAACACCCGGGCAUGAAAGUUAAAGCUGCUGACUUUGCUCAGGAAGCAGACAUUAACCCCAGCUCAGUUUACAAGUGCAGACACUGUCCGUACGUGAACUCCCGCAUCCACGGAGUUCUCACACACUACCAGAAACGACAUCCCUCCAUCAAAGUCACGGCUGAGGACUUUGCUGAUGAUGUUGAGCAGGUACACGAGUUAGCUAGCGAGGGCGAUGAGCGAUCUAAAACACAGAGGCAGGGCUAUGGUGCGUACCGCUGCAAGAUGUGCCCUUAUACACAUGGCACUUUAGAGAAACUCAAGAUACACUAUGAGAAAUAUCAUAACCAACCUGCUGCAGACAUGUUCAAAACAAUCGCCACGCAUUCGCCGGCUAGAAGAGACGAUUUGGUUGCUGAAUGCAGUAGCAGCAGUGUGACCGAAGUUUCUGAGAUCUGCGACUUGGACCUCACGCUUUCCGAAGUUGCAAAGAGCGACAAGAAUGCUGUGUUUAAAUGUCAGCUGUGCAAAUACUUCUGCUCCACCCGGAAGGGUAUCGCUCGACACUACCGUAUCAAGCAUAACAAUGUCCGAGCGCAGCCUGAGGGCAAGAACAAUGUCUUUAAAUGUGCCCUCUGCGCCUACACCAACCCCAUCCGCAAAGGCCUCGCGGCACACUACCAGAAACGGCAUGACAUCGAUGCUUACUACACGCAUUGCUUGGCAGCGUCCAAGACGGUGGGGGAGAAACCGAACAAGGUGAUGGUGCCCUUGGCAUCAGAUGCAGAGGCUCCAGCGAUGAGCGAGGAGCUGAGGCUCGCGGUGGACCGAAGGAAAUGUUCGCUCUGCUCCUUCCAGGCUUUCAGCAGGAAGAGUAUUGUUUCUCAUUACAUAAAGCGCCACCCAGGAGUCUUUCCCAAGAAGCAGCCUUCCAGCAAACUGGGCCGUUACUUCACUGUGAUCUAUUCCAAGGAAGCAGAGAAGCCUCCUUCCACAGAGGAAGUGGAAAUAGUUGAAGUUAAGGAUGAGGUUGAACCUGAAGGUGAUUUGGACUGGCUCCCCUUUAAAUGUCUUAAAUGCUUCAAGCUCUCGUUCAGCGCAGAAGAGCUGCUGGUGAUGCAUUACAAUGACUGCCACAGCAAGGAACUCAAGUGGGAUUUCGUCACCAUUCCGAGCCCUGCGGAAGAUGGGACGGAGCUCUACCAGUGCACCCACUGUGAAAUCAAGUUCUUGACUCUUCCAGAACUCGGCGUCCAUCUGAUGAACCACAAUGAGGAUUUCCAGAAAAGAGCCAUGAGGCUGGAGAGGAGAAAACAGCUUCAAAGCAAGCAGAGGACGACAGAGACACCAGAAGCCAAACCAGAGAAUAAGGUGGACAGCACACCUGCUAAGACUCCCAUCGGCUACAGGUGCAACUUCUGCGUGGAGGUCCACCCCACCCUCCGUGCCAUCUGUAACCACCUGAGAAAGCAUGUGCAGUACGGGGAGGCCAAGGAGGGACACGUGAAGCAGGAAGCAGCAGAGACGUCUGGCGACGUUCCCGUGGACGGAAUCACCAACGGAGACGUGGAGGACGUGGAUGUCGUGAACGCCAACCCUUCGGAGACCGGCACACCACCGGCUGGCGUCGACAUGGAGACUGAGGAGCCGGUGGAAGCGGGGCCGAUGGUCGUGGAGCCGGAGAAGCCACGUGUGGUUCCCGGGCAUCCGUGCGGCAUGUGUAACCGCAUGUUCAUGUCCAUGCAGGGCCUGCGCUCUCACGAGAGGAGCCACUCGGCCGUCGCCCUCGUCAACAGAGACGACAAAUACAGCUGCCAGUACUGCCACUUCGCCUCGCCCUUCAGACACAACCUGGACCGUCACAUCCAGUCACACCACGGGCAUCAGAAGCCGUUCCGCUGCAAGUCCUGUCCCUUUAAAUCCUCCUACCUGAGCCGCCUCAAGAGCCACCUGCACAAAGCUCACGCAGGUGAACACACGUACAAGUGCGUCUCGUGUCCGUUCUCCACCACCACCAUCAGCCAGCUGAAGGAGCACUCGCUGCAGGAGCACGGAGAGACGCUCACGCUGCCCAAACUCAAAGCUGGAGCCGCCCUGCGCUCCACCCGACCCAGCGCCGAACACAGCGACGAAAACACCCCCCUCGACCCAGAAUGCACCGAGUCGGUGGCGUAUCUGGAGCCGGCAGAUGUUCAGCAGCAGUUGAGUCACUUCCAGCUGGCGUCUCGAGUCCAGGCCGAUGUUCCGUCCAGCCCGUCUGCCUCCGCCGCCCCGCCGCCGCCGCCGGACGCUCCCGUUCCUCAGGCCCGGCCCGACUCCAUCCUCACCUGCGAGUUCUGCGAGUUCAGCUCCGGAUACAUGCAGAGUCUGCGCAGACACUACCGCGACCGGCACGGAGGGAAGAAGCUCUUCAAAUGCAAGGACUGCUCCUUCUUCACCUGCUACAAGUCUACGUUCACGCUGCACGUGGAAGGCGGUCACAGCAGCGGCGCGGACGAGCCGCACAAGGACCUGCGCUGCCCCUUCUGUCUGUACCACAGCAAACACAAGAGCAGCAUGAUCGACCACAUCGUCCUGCACAGAGAGGAGCGCGUGGUGCCGCUGGAGGUGUCGCGCUCGAAGCUGUCGCGCCAUCUGGAGGGUGUCGUGUUCCGCUGUCACAAAUGCACCUUCACCUGCUCCAGCGAGCAGAACCUGCAGCAGCACAUCCAGAAGCACGAGGAGCUGAAGCCGUACCAGUGUCAGCUCUGCUACUACGACAGCAAACAGCUGCACGAGCUGGAGAUACACCUGCGCGAGGAACACAAGGUGAUCCGUAACUUUGAGCUGGUGGGGCGGGUGAACCUGGACCAGCUGGAGCUGAUAAAGGACAAGAUGAAGGACGCCAGCAGCAGUGAGGAAGAGGAGAGAGAGGAAGCCGAGGCCGUAGAGGAGGCAGACGAGGAAGAGGAGCAGGAGGAGGAAGAGCUGAUGGAUGAGGAGGAGGAGGAGGAGGAGGAGAAGCUUCCGGAGGAGACGAGCAGCCGCACGGAGGCCGCAGGUGUUGCGGUUCCGGAGUCUCCUGUGAAACGUUAUCCGUGCGAGUUCUGCGGCCGCACGUUCACGCUGAGCACGGAGUGGGAACGACACGUCCUUCGACACGGCAUGACUGUUAACGGCAACAAGAAAGACAGCAGUCCUCUUCCCUCAUCAGCAGCUCUGCCUCUGAUUGGUCCAGCAGCUGUGAUUGACAGGGGGCUGGACCUAUCCACUAACACUGUGGACGCUGCGAGGGCGGAUCAACCUGACCAAUCCAAGUGUCCGAUUCAGAACGAGGAAGACAUAAAGACGCUGGAGACCAAAAACGACCCUUAGGAGUAAAACGAAAGCUGUAGAGAAACACGUCCGUUGGCUUAAGAAUGUCGUACGUUGUUUUUUCGUCUGUUUGUUUAUCGUUUGUUUUGGCUGCUUCACGAUUGUUUUCGGUUUUAAAAGCUAGAUUUGGAGUAUCGGUAGAUGUUUGUUCAGUUGCUGAAUCUUACACUGAAUUUUACAAAGUGUGACUUGGUCCCUCAGGACAGAUGUUGAUAUAUUGGUAACCAAUAGUGAAUGAAAGCGUGAGCUGGAUAUUCCGAUCGAAUCUUGAGUCCCUCCGGUUCGUCCGCAAGCCAGAGAUUUUCCACUUUCAAAGCCCUUCUCUCAUGCACUUUUUGCCAUUCGUUUAUUACAAACACCAACGUACGUAAAGAAUCGAAUGUCUUCCGCCGCGGUGAACGCGCGCACUGAUAGUCUUGAAGACGGUGUGUCGCGCUUCACAUCCGUCACAGACGAGAAACGAGAGGCGAUCCAUCCGGAGCGGGAGGGUUUGGGAUUCGGUCUGAAUAUGCCGACUGACGGUUUCAGUUUUUUUACAUUUUAGCCUUGUGUUAAUCUUCCUGUAGCUGAAUUCCUUGAGGAAUAGUUGUCAUCUUAUUUAUCUAGAUAAUCUUGAUUCUUUUAGACACGAUUUUAGAGUAUCAACACUUGCCCCAAAAAAAAAAACUCGUAGCAAAUUGCUACUUUUUGAAGAUUUCGGCCACUUCCCGGCUAAUCUUGCACUUCCACUUCACUUUAAUAUUGAUUGAACGAUCAUCGUCCGUCGGUCCCGAGACGUGUUGAACAUCGAUGGGUCAAAAUCACGUGUUUCUGCCGACCUCAGGUAGAUUUUCCUCCCGUCCGUCAGUGUGUUUAAAGGAAUAUUCUGGGUUCAAAACAAGCAGCUCUGUAAUUGCGAUUCAAAAUACACCAUGUGUUUUACACUGGAACAAAUGCUUGAACAAAGAUGCAAGAUUCAGUAUUUUACUGUACCGUAAACAUGAUUUUUUUGGGUUUGUAUAAGCUGAAGGACGAUCACUUCCGGUUCUUGAACUCGGAUUGUUCCUUUAAAAGAGGAAGUUCAGCAGAAUGAGACUCCCAGGCUUAACAAAGCCAUUUUCCGUAAGGCUGAGAUUGUACGUGAUGGAAGUUGCUGCUCGAAAACCCCAAAGCCUUAUAGACGCGGAUGUUAGACGCUUCCCUUCCAGCAUCGGCUGGAUCCAUGAAGCAGAAGUUCUCGACGUAUCGAUCAUUUAAACACACAACUACAGAAAAAAACAAACCUCUUCUUGGUACCAAAAGUGUCGCUUCCCAAAGUCCCAAAGCUCUGGUAGCCCGAGAUAUGAUUGUCUUUCCCGAGCAAUGACUGGACAUUGCGGAGGGCGAACCCAGCUGCCUUCUGGGUAAUCUGCAUGCCGUUUUGCAGCCGUGUAUAAACUCGAAGCUAAGUGUUUGAAACUGUGCUGUUUCAGAACGGGGUCUGUUCCUUUAAGUGUUGUUCUGAUAUUUAACUUAAACAAAAAAAAAAGAGAGAGAAGAAUAGAAAGAAAGAAAAAUACAAAUCAAUAGAUGACGUCUCUUUUUCGUUUUUUUAGCUCUCCACUGUUCAAAGCUGUUGUAAAUGUUCUGGUUAAGAGAAAAAAAAUACUAAAAAAAAGACCUUUUGUACCCUUAAAACCCUUCAUAAGGAGUAGCCCAGCCUUUCUAAAAGACGCCCGUGUAGAGAACCAUCAGAAAUAAGCUUUUAAGACUCUAUCGUGACACACUGGAUAUCUGUAUAUAUACGCUUUAGUUUUUAUGGUUUCCCUUUAAUUCUCUCUUCCUGUUGAAGGUGCGCCAUAGUUGACCUUAGAUCUCCUGCGUUUGGCCUUUCUUCUGUGAAACUCCUGAUGAUUUCUGAUGGUGGGUUGUGAUGUCGACUAGACUGGUUGUUUACAGUUUUAUUCCUUUGAUUUCUCUAUAUUCUGUAAAUAUUGUAAUUCAUUGUCUUUUUUUAACUUGGUAAUAAAGUUAUCAGAUAACCUAAA